AUGGCUAGCACAUCCCUUACUGAAUUGCCAUUGCAUUCUGAUCCGAUUAUUACCACCUUAUUUGUGACCAUCUCAUCCAAGGAUUGCCGUUCCCAUAGUUAUCAGGGAGAAGCUUUGACCGUGAAGGUGAGCAAUUUGACAUCGACGAGAACACGGCUUCCUUUCACCUUUUACUCCCUUGAUCACUGUUGGCCUCCCAAUGCUGUUGACGGCCUUGAGAAUCUCGGAGAAUUCAAAAUGAGAGAAUGCCAGCGGUGCAACAUUCUUUGCCGAAAGACUCUUUACGCGAAAACAGCAAAAGAUUUCAAGGAAAAGAUAGAUGACGAGUAUCGAGUGAACAUGAUAUUGGACAAUCUCCCCUUGGUGGUUCCAUUAGGAAGGACUGAACAGAGAAACUUCACUGUGUGUCAACGCGGCUUUCCUGUCGGCCUCAAGGGACAAUAUGCUGGAACUAAGGAGCAGAAACAUUUCAUCUUCAACCACUUGUCGUUCACUGUCAAGUUUCACCAAGAAAAAGAAGCAGGGACCGCAAGAAUUGUUGGUUUUGAGGUUGAACCAUUCAGGUCAUUUCCUAGGAUCACAUGCCAAACAUCAGAGGUUGAUGUUAGUCCUGUUUAUUGA